CUUGACCUUUCGACACGAGCGUGGAAUGAGGUCACGAGCCAAAAAGCAGAAUCGAACCGAACCUCCAUGAGCCAGUGGCUCGUGUAGGUGUUUGGCUCGACCUGUGGUCGUCUCAAAAUGAGCCCAAUCCUUAGUUAAGAGUUUAAUUAAAAUAAAAAUAAAUUGGAGUCCUCACUUAGAGGGAAUUUUCGCUUUUAAACCCAUAGUUUGACUGUUUCUAGCAUUUGAAAAAUGGAACAAGUCACGUAAGCUUAACUGAUACAUCCCACUUCCCACGCUUCCCUCUCCAUAUACCUCAAAAAUAACUGCCUGCCAUGGCUUUCUUUUUCCCUAUUAUAAGAACUCAAAACACCAGUUUUUAUAGUCUUAACGUUCAAGACACAAAUCUUCACAAUACUUCUGCUAAUAUCUCUAAUGGCUUCUGCUUCAAUCACCUUCAAAACUGUUUUGAUGUCAAUCCUUUUUGCUGCUGUCUUGGUGAAUUCGUACCGGUUCAAAGUUGGAGAUGAGAAAGGGUGGACUAAACCAACUGGAAAGGAUCCUCAGACAUACAAUCAAUGGGCUGCUAAAAACAGAUUCCAUAUUGGAGAUACAGUUUAUUUCAAGUACAGAAAUGACUCAGUUCUGGAGGUGGACUCUGCUGAUUACUUGAACUGCAACACAUCAAACCCUAUUUCCAAAUUUGAAGAUGGAAACACGGUUUUCGAAUUUGAUCGUUCGGGGUUCUUCUAUUUCAUCAGCGGGAGCUCUGAUCACUGCGAAGUUGGUCAAAAGAUUAUUAUUCGAGUGAUGCAUCCCUCUGAAGUGGAGUCCCCUGGGCCAGCUCCAUCCCCGGGAGGAGCUGGUGGUGGUUGGGAUUCUGACAACUGGGAACCGCUGGGGAUUAAUUCUACCACCAAGCUCUUUGCUUUGUCUUAUUUCGUGACUGUUGUGACAGGCCUGUUUGUUGUUCUCUAUUUGUUCAUGUAAAAGGCAUUAUUGUCAUUUAGGUUUCCUUAGUUGCUAGAUUUUCUUAGGUUGCUUUGAUUUUAUACUUUCCAGUGACAUUGUAGUUGAUUCUUUAUUGCUGUGACACUGAAUGAUUUCAGUAAUUCUCUUAUUGAAAACCA